GUGGUUCACUUUUGCCCGUUCUAGUGUCUGUUUUCGACGCCUGUGAUCGACAUCCUGUUGUUGUUGAGGGACCAUUCUUUUUGUUUUGUCUGUUUUUUGGGGGGGCGAGGACGGGAAGUGCGUCAAGCUUGAACCUUGCCUCCGCACAAACGGUCACUAGCGCCCACUAUUGCCAUAUUUGGUAUAUCAUCCCUGACGACGACCUCGACGACGAGUAUGCUGCCCGGAAAUUUACCCUCCAACGCACAGCGUCCUACGUAUGUAUUGCCUACCAGGAGCAGAAAAGGGGAAAAAAUACAGGCAAUUCCAGACGACUGGGACGCUGACGAUGAUGACGAUGAUGACGACGGCGAUCACAGUGGUGAGACCAGUACCACAACUGCCCUGCAACAGACAAUGGACAUGAACGUCCGAGCCGUUCAAAACGACUUUGACGCCGAUGUGUGGCGUGAAGCUAGCACCCGAGCUCCCAUGCCUGAAGUGAUCAUCAAUCCCUCGGGCACCAGGAACGGUACCACCGCACCUCCCGCCGCUGCACUGAUACCCCAGAUGCGCAUCCUCAAACGUCCCAGUCAAUCCCAGUCAUCGAACCCUGCCUCUUCCUCUGCACCCCCCACCCAAAGUACUCUCGCACAACGGGAGGCUCAAUACUUGGAAGCUCGAAAUCGGAUAUUUGGGGUGUCAAACCAAUCACCAGCAUCGGACGUGGCAACAGUACAGUCAAGCAAUCCCACUGCGACAGCUGGUAUCCGACACAACGUCUCACGCCAAUCUGUGGUCACUGUCCUGCGCGAUCCACUUGGCCCUCCUUCCCAGUCAAUCAUUGAUCAGGAUGGAAAUCGGCCUGGAGCAGGCUUCUGCGUAGAUAGACGAGGGAGGAACUUAAAAUAAAUCGGAUGUCGGUCACCACGUAGUGGCCAGCUAUUGGAUCGGCUCCGUUUAUCUCGUCCUUUGGAGAUUUCGAGUUAUGUGAAUAUCCUGUUGAUUCCACAGCGCAAUGCACAGAUAUCCCAAGACCGGUGUACAUAUCAAAUACCCUUUCCUCCGCUGAGUAUAGUUACACUCUUGUGAUAACUUCUCUCAUUC